AUGUCCAUCUCCGAUCCCGAACCCGCCACUCCUCAUACAGAAGACAAAUUCACAUUCCUCCAAUCCAUCACGGCAACGCAACGCCACAUCCAAAAAUCCUUCUACCAACACCUCCUCAACGUCUACACGUACCUCAAAACCCACGGCGCGCCCCAAGAAGUCUGCGACGCGGGGCUGUUCCACUCCAUCUACGGGACCGAAUCCUACUCGUUUUCCAGUGACCGUAUCACGCGCGACGUGGUCCGCGGUUUUAUCGGCGAGUACGCCGAGGAACUGGUGUACCUGUUUUGCACGACCAGGAAUCGGUUCAGGGCCAUUGUGAAUAACGACCUGGGGCUGGAUCGCCGGAAGGCGAGGGAUCUGUGUGUCAUUGAGUUUGCGAAUGCGUGGGAUCAGAAUAAGGGGAGGAGGUAUCAGGAGAGGUUGAUUAUGCUGGGGGAGGCGAUUGUGAGGUUGGAGAGUGGGACUGGGGGUCAAAGUCAAGAAUGA